GGAUGCGCUUCCGGGUCACGCUAACGCCGCGGUUUCCUCCACUCGCUUGGUUCUACUGUGGGUCUGGACCGGUCCCCAUGUCCUGCAGCGGAGCCCCUGCAGCCUUUGGACUGUGAAGACUGCUGAGAGACACUUGCGAUCCAGUCACAUAAGUGGAAUAAAGAAAUAUUGGUCCUCAUGGAAGAAGAACAAGAUUUACCAGAGCAACCAGUUAAAAAAGCCAAGAUGCAGGAAUCGGGAGAGCAAACUUUAAGUCAAGUAAGCAACCCCGAAGUCAGUGAUCAGAAACCUGAAACUUCAAGCCUUGCUUCAAACCUUACCAUGUCAGAGGAAAUAAUGACAUGUACCGAUUACAUCCCUCGCUCAUCCAAUGAUUAUACCUCACAAAUGUAUUCUGCAAAACCUUAUGCACAUAUCCUCUCAGUUCCUGUUUCGGAAACUGCUUAUCCUGGGCAGACUCAGUACCAGACACUACAGCAGUCUCAACCGUAUGCUGUCUACCCUCAGGCAACCCAAACGUAUGGACUACCUCCUUUUGGUGCAUUGUGGCCAGGUAUGAAACCUGAAAGUGGUUUAAUUCAGACUCCACCUCCAAGUCAACACAGUGUUCUUACCUGCACUACAGGGUUAACCACAAGCCAGCCAAGCCCAGCACAUUAUUCUUAUCCCAUUCAAGCUUCAAGCACAAAUGCCAGCCUGAUAUCCACUUCAUCUACAAUUGCCAAUAUUCCAGCAGCAGCAGUUUCCAGCAUCUCAAACCAGGACUAUCCCACCUAUACUAUCCUUGGUCAGAGUCAGUACCAGGCCUGCUACCCCAGCUCCAGCUUUGGAGUCACAGGCCAAACUAACAAUGAUGCUGAGAGUAGCACAUUAGCAGCAACCACAUACCAGACGGAGAAGCCUAGUGUCAUGGUACCUGCGCCUGCAGCACAGAGACUUUCCUCUGGUAAGCACCACAGCUCUAAAAACUUUGGCUUUAAGGGCACUUCAUCUGACAGCUUUAUUAAGGACUAUCCCACCUAUACUAUCCUUGGUCAGAGUCAGUACCAGGCCUGCUACCCCAGCUCCAGCUUUGGAGUCACAGGCCAAACUAACAAUGAUGCUGAGAGUAGCACAUUAGCAGCAACCACAUACCAGACGGAGAAGCCUAGUGUCAUGAAAAGAUGUUCACUCAUUAUUUUUCAUAUUUUCCUCCCUCAGCGGGUAUUUCUGUGGGACUUGGAUGAAACUAUCAUCAUCUUUCACUCCCUUCUUACUGGAUCCUAUGCCCAGAAGUAUGGAAAGGACCCAACAGUAGUGAUUGGCUCAGGUUUAACUAUGGAAGAAAUGAUUUUUGAAGUGGCUGAUACACACCUAUUUUUCAAUGACUUAGAGGAGUGUGACCAGGUGCAUGUGGAAGAUGUGGCUUCUGAUGACAAUGGCCAAGACUUAAGCAACUAUAGUUUCUCAACAGAUGGUUUCAGUGGUUCAGGAGGCAGUGGCAGCCAUGGUUCCUCUGUGGGUGUACAGGGAGGUGUGGACUGGAUGAGAAAACUGGCUUUCCGUUACCGAAAAGUGAGAGAAAUCUAUGAUAAGCAUAAAAGCAACGUGGGUGGCCUUCUCAGUCCCCAGAGAAAAGAAGCACUGCAGAGACUAAGAGCAGAAAUUGAAGUUUUAACAGAUUCCUGGUUAGGUACUGCAUUAAAGUCCUUACUUCUCAUCAAGUCCAGGAAGAAUUGUGUGAAUGUUCUCAUCACUACAACCCAGCUGGUUCCAGCUCUGGCCAAGGUUCUCCUAUAUGGGCUUGGAGAAAUAUUUCCUAUUGAAAACAUCUAUAGUGCUACCAAAAUUGGUAAAGAGAGCUGCUUUGAGAGAAUUGUGUCAAGGUUUGGAAAGAAAGUCACAUACGUAGUGAUUGGAGAUGGACGAGAUGAAGAAAUUGCAGCCAAACAGCACAACAUGCCUUUCUGGAGGAUCACAAACCAUGGAGACCUAGUGUCCCUCCACCAGGCUUUGGAGCUUGAUUUUCUCUAAGAACUGGAAUGAAGAGCCUUCCCCAUGAGCUGCUUUUCACUCCUGAAAGGAGCCGGAGACUGGAACCAACUGAGAACUCUCUCUCUUUCUCCAUGGAAUGCUGGCGAGAACACAAUCAGAACCAACAGCUGCAAGGGAUGAAGCUUAUUUUUGCUAAGAGUGAGCUGCAGCCCCGUGUUCAUUCUCAUACAGAAGCAGGACAGUUGGAUUGAGAGAACAAUAGACUCACUGCAGCUACAGUGCUUUUAAUUCUGUGUUUUUUGUUUUGUUUAUUUUGUUUCAAAAAAUGAAGAAGAAAAAACAAAAGGAAAUUUUGGGGGCAGAGUUGCACUCUUUGUCCAUGACCUGGUUGAGAACUGCUGUUAACUUGUGGUGAUAGGAUAAAUGUGGCAGACUUUUGUAAUAACAUCUCUUGCAGUCUUUAUAAACUCCUUAGCUGUAGAACAUAUUCCCAGUGAAUGUAUAUGUAAUUUUUAUAGGUAAGGGUCUGGUCUCGGAAGCAGGUUUUCCCUCCUUUCUUUCCUAGCAAGAAAGGGAUGUGUAAAGUUUCCUUGGAAAAUAGUAAUUGAAAUAUCUGAAAUACCUCUCUGUGUGACAGUAGCACCUCUUUAGUUGCUCCAGUGGUCUGCUUUCUAGGAUGGUUUCUCUCCUGUUCUUCCAUCUCCUGGUUUGCUGAACUGUGGGGCAGUGGACACUGAUUAACUUUAGACUCUGGUAUUUCCCAUCCUAGAAGCCUCAGUCCCCUUUCCAAUCCCUCCUCCCCUUUAACCAAAUGGCACAAUCCUGGGAACUUCUUCUCUUAGACAGUAAAUGCUAAGCCUCCAGCUUGACUCUGAUUCAAAGACUUUGUCCAGGGGGCUUACCUCUAAACCGGAGAGAAGGAACAAGGCUUCUUGUGAAUUUUCACUUCUUUGGUUCUUGAACCAGGACUGUUCCACCUUUUCCUCCUGCAGAGAGGCACUCCUCCCCCAACAGAUGCUCACCCUACAGCCUUCCUUCCUUCCUAGUCCCCAGUGUAGGCUCCUGUCCCUUUCCUGCCCUGCAUUCCUCACAGCCACCUCCGUGCAGCUCUGGCCAAUCCCUGGGCUUUGGACCCAAGAAGUCAAAUUAAGUCUAAGAACAGGCUCAUAACUACAUUUGGCCAAAACUACCAAUGUAGUUGACUUUCUUUGAAGCCCUUAAGCCUAGGAAGGGUAUUCUGGGUAUAUUUACCCAGAUCUCUGUCUAGAACUGAAGAGAUUGCUGUGAUCAAAACCCCAUUUUCCCAUGGUACACCCUUCCCACUUCUCAAAUCUCAUUCUAAAGUGGAAAACCAGAAGCCAGAAAUACUCCUGUUUUAGUUGUUGGGUCCCUACUCCAUGCCUGGAAACUUAAUCCUGGGCCAAAUGCAGGGACAUCUCCCAGCCUGGCCUCUGGGGAGAUUGAUGGGUGCCAGGCACUAGUCCCAGCCUUCUAGCCCAACUGUGCUUGUGGAUGCUCCAUCCCUCCAAGACCCACCUGGGCAUCUGCUCAGGCAGGAUAAACUUCCCUCGAGCUGAGGACCUUCAGCCUCUCCCAGGCUGCAGAGAGGUGUAGUCUGGAACUCAGUAGGACCAACCCCAGCUAUACCUGCUUGACCCCAGAGAAUCUGCAUAUUCGUUUCUAGAGAUGUUGCAGCACAAAGAGGCCAGACUCCUCCCGAGUCCAGGUCGUUCAUGUAGCAGAGAAAGGCCGUUCAUACACAUUCCUUCAGAACUGAAUGAGAAACAACUCAUGGCUCACAAUUUUAGGGAACAGGUCUUUGGAGAGGAGCUGAAGUCAGUGCUCAUUACUCAGCUGCUGCUUUGGCCUUGCUCUCAUCGGUGGGGUGGAAGUAGGGGUUAUGUAGUCUAAGGCAGACUUUCCCUUGGUCUGAGUUCAGCACAGUUGCCCAGAUGCUGCUCUGCCUUGCUUGAUAAUUGAUCUUAGAAAGCUCUAGGGUGGAUCUUUUCUUCCAGGCCCCAAGCCCUCCACCUACCGGCCGUGUAACUUGGUUUCCUACCCUGGACAUAGGCCACCUGGUUGGUGCUGUGUUUCAGGCUUGUGAGGCUGUGGAGUGGUACCCCCAUCAUAGACCCAGGUCCA